AGGAUUUGGGUGAGAAGGAAAGACAAGGAUGUUGGAUAAGGCAUAGGCAUUUCUUAUUUACAAAGGAAAACAUUUUGUAUUUACGAAACUCAUUUUUCAACUUUUUACAAACCAAACAAAGGAAAAAUACAAAAUUAUCUUCAUGUAAAAUGAUUUUCUUCCCAUUUCAUUAUAUUAUGAGAAGGCCAGACAAUACGAAUAUCACCGAGAAAAACACAAUUCCACAUACGUUUUCGUUUUUUUUUAUCUUCGAUAAUGCAAGUUAAAAUUACAUUUAAAAAAAAAAAAUAAAAAUAAACACCUUACAGUAUAGUUACAGAGGCUGAAAUUCAACUUCUUUUAGACAUGAAUCCUCAUGCAAAAAUUUUACAAAACUCUUAUUUCGUAGAAGUUGGCAAAACUAUUAAUAGAAUGCAAAAAGAAAGGAAAACUGUGGUCUUUUUAUUCAAAGGUUGGCCAUUCUUCUCGGCCUCAAUAUAGCUCAUAUCCCAGAUUCUUCUCCUCCCAACAUACCAAAACCCGAAAUGCACAGCUCAUAUCCCAGUUUCUUCUUCCACAACGCCCCAAAACCCGAAAUCAACCGCCAAGUUCACACUUCGUAAAGCCAACAGAGACAUCACCACCCUAUCUCUCCCCUCUAAACACCUCCAUAAACCCUCCAAAACCUCCCCUAUUAUAAUUUUAUUUUCGUUACGUUUAUCAACCUUCUUAAAUUUCGAAACCACCCCUCCUAUUUUUGGCAUUAUAUUUGUGUAUCCUCUGCGUAAUCUCCAUGAAAGACGAAGGGGAAAGAGAUUGAAGAUGAAGAUACAACAUGAAAGACGAUAAAACUAACGAAUAAAAACCAAAUUUAGCCGUCAACCUUUCAACCUCUGGCGUGAAAGGAAAUAAAUUACAAACGGCAUUACUAUCUAUCUACCUUCACGUAAAAUACAUAAAUAUAUAUUCCUAAAACUGCUGAUGGGCGCGCAUGCAUUUGCUCCGCUUGUGCGCCCACCAUCCUCGUGUUCCUACCUCUUCCAUAUUCUAUCUCUUUUAGCAAUAACGGGCAUAGGAACACCGGUAUCAGGACUCACAGAGGAUGAAGCCCUGCUAAAGUUUAAGACAUCUCUCACGAAUAUGGAUGCUAUUUCCAACUGGAACCCUUCAAAUGCUCCAUGCUCAGAUAAAAAAUGGAUGGGUGUCAUCUGUGAACAUGGCAAAAUUUGGGGAUUAAAGCUGGAAAAUAUGGGUCUAGGCGGCACCAUUGAUAUUGAUGCGAUUUCUCAAUUGCCUGAGCUAAGGACCCUGAGCUUUAAAAAUAACAAGUUUGAGGGUCCAAUCCCAGAUUUUCGUCGUUUGCCUAAACUGAGAUCCGUUUACCUGUCUAACAAUAAAUUUUCUGGUGAAAUUCCUGAUGAUGCCUUUACUGGAAUGGAUGCUUUGAGGAGGAUAAUCCUGGCAAACAAUGCCUUCACCGGCAGGAUACCAUCAUCUCUCACCUCAUUACCCAUCCUCGUUGAGCUGAAACUGGAUGGCAACCAAUUCCAAGGCACCAUCCCGGAUUUUCAUCAAAAAAACUUGCCAAGCAUCAAUAUGGCUAACAACCAAUUGGAGGGUCCAAUACCUGCAAGACUCAUGCACCUCAAUCCAAAACUCUUUUCAGGUAAAACAUGUACAUCAUACCUCCUACAAACUCAUUACCACUGCGACAUAUAUUACCACCUACCAAUGGACCAAUGUUUGUUGCGAUACUUGGAAAUGUUAAAUUUAUACUUUUCCUUACAAAUCAAUGCAGGCAACAAGGGACUGUGUGGGGCCCCUCUUAAGCCAUGCAAAGGUAAUACAGGGGGUGCAGUAUUAAAAGACCUAACCAAUUCAUCAAGUAAAUCCACUGUAAUUGUGCUAGUUGUACUACUUGCACUAGUGAUCUUGGCAGCAACAAUUCUAAUAGUAUAUAAGAAGAAACGCAAGACAAAGCUAAAGAAACUAGAUAGUUUUUCAUCUCAAGAUGGAAACCAUUUUGGGGAUACACACAUGACACCAAACGAGGAGCGCCCAAGGACUGUAAAGAAGCAGUCAGAACCAGGGAAGCUAGAUUUCGUGAGAGAUGACAGGAAAAAGUUUGAUCUCUCUGAACUGUUAACUGCAUCAGCAGAAGUGUUGGAGAGCGGAAAUUUUGAGUCUUCCUACAAGGUGGAGGUAUUUGCAGGAGAGCUCUUGGUGGUGAAGAGGUUUAGGCAGAUGAGCAGAGUGGGAAGGGAUGAAUUUCAUGAGCACAUUUGGAAAAUGGGCAAAUUAAGACAUCCAAAUGUGCUGUCUUUAGUUGCAUGUUACUAUAGAAAAGAAGAGAAGCUUCUUAUCUUUGAUUUUGUUGACAAUGGAAGCUUGGCUAGUCAUCUUCAUGGUAAUACGAAGGAUGAAAUUUUUGAUUGGCCAAUGCGGUUGAAGAUUAUCAAAGGGAUAGCAAGAGGGUUGGCUUACCUUUACAGUGAGCUCCCAAGCUUAAUAGUGCCCCAUGGAUAUCUCAAAUCAUCGAACGUACUUCUUGAUUAUUCUUAUGAACCCCUUCUCAUGGACUAUGCCUUGAAACCAUUGAUCAACACAGAGCAUGCUAAACAGCUCAUGGUUGCCUACAAGUCGCCAGAAUAUGCUCACCUUGGCCGUCUUACAAAGAAAACUGAUGUUUGGAGCCUUGGCAUUCUCAUACUGGAAGUGCUAACUGGGAAAUUCCCGACCAACUUCCUUGCUGUCGGAAAUGUCAAGGGUGAAAAUCUAGUGGCCUGGGUAAAUGAUAUAGUUAAUGAAGAGGAAAAGGGAGAAGAUGUGUUUGAUAAAGGGAUGGGAGGUACUCAUUACAGCAAGGUUGAAAUGAACAAACUUUUGAAGGUUGGGUUUGGUUGUUGCCAUGAGAAUAUAGAUGUAAGAUGGAGUAUAAGAGAGGCUGUUGAAAAGAUUGAAGAGAUCAAAGAGACAGACGAGCUCAUUUAAAAUCCUAAUAAUUUAGCUUUCCCGUCAAUUUUCAAUUAGAGAAUGUAUCAAAGGUCACUUUUUUUUUAACUAGGCAUUUUAAACUUAGACAAUCAUAAAACUUCUAUAAAUUCUUGCACUUGUUUCUAAAUUCUUUUUUUGAUUUACUCUUCAAAUUUAUUUCAGUAUUUCACCAAAGAGAUUUUUUAAACACCCCCCCCCCCUUUCAUCUUACUUUAGGAAGGAACCUCAUUAGAGAUAUUGAAAGUUUUCAAAAUUAUGGCACGAUAACCACCCCAUAAAACCAGGAGAAAAAACGAUAGAGAAUAAUGAGACACCUACUAAAUAUAUAGGGUAGCAAUCAAAUCAAAAGGAAAAAAA